AUGUCCCAGGCCAGCGACAGCCCCCGAGCAGAGGAUGCAGGGCUGUGCGUCGGAGUGCACUCGCGCACCCCAAGCCACAGCAGCCAGCGACUUGAGUGCAUCAUCUGCUAUUCCUCCUACGACCUGAGCGGCCGGCUGCCACGCCGGCUCUACUGCGGCCAUACCUUCUGCCAAGCCUGCCUGAAGCGCCUUGACGCCAUCGCCAACGAGCAGCACUGGAUCCCCUGCCCACAGUGCCGCCAAAACACACCCACGCCACGUGGUGGUGUCGCCAUGCUCGACCUCGACCUGGCCACCUUCCUUGCUGUCAAGGCUGACAAGGAGCAUCCUCGGGGGGCCAGCAGGUCCCAGCCCGACUUAGCCACCAAGGGCUCAUGCAAGGAGAAGGUGGUCACCGAACAGCCGUCGGGGCUGUGCCAAGACAUGGUGCCCCCGAUGCCGUACCCUCGCCGCGGCUGCUGCCGGCCAUGCCUUUGCUGUGGAGUGACGGCAGCCUUUGAGAGCUGA